AUGAGAACAACGGAGCGAGUCGCCAGCAGCAGCAGCAGCACUGAGACGGAUAACUCUGGAGAAGAUUCACCCCAGAUGACGACGACGACGACGAAGAAGUCGACGUUACCGUCAGUGUCGAUUGAAGCGGGGUCACUUACUUCGGCGGAGAUUACGUCGUUGGAGCAAUUGGCACAACUCUUUGGCAUCCCGCUGUUGACACAACUUGUGACCAAAGUCAUGAAUUCGUCGUUUCUCGGAGAACUCCUUCACGAGAAACUCAAUUCAAAUCUUCUGGAUGAUCUCGUAUCGUACCUGCCGUUGCCCGAAGAAGCCCAAUUCCCGUCCGAAGGGAACGACACCUCUGUUUCCUUUCGAAAGCAUCGCGGAAACCGGAACGUGGAUCCAACAAAUGAAGAGGAAGUCGGAAACAUGCUCGUGUCUAUGGAAGCACGAUCCGUUUCUAAUGAAAAAGGCGACCCCUUGCCGAAGUCUCGGAUGGGCAGAGGAUUCUUUCGCAAAAAGCUGCAGGAAGGUGUCGCUAACGUCAUCCAACGAGUGUCGGCUGUAGAAACCAUGAGUAGUUCAUCGAAUCAGAAUGCUUCGGAAACGUCUGCUGAUCUAGAUGAGGCUGUUGGAGAAGACGAAGACUUCAGAGCACCAACUAUCUUACAAUCGAAAGCGAGUGUGAGGGUCACGCAAGACGGUGAAUUCCGUGGAUUGGCAACGCUGAAACGAGUGAGUGACGUUGAAUUGGACGACGAGGUGGACGGGAAACGGCAUUUCAAAUGUUUCUUCGCCGCAACGAACGUGACAUUCUACGCGAGACUCCAUGUUCAUGAAAGAGUGGACCUUGUGACCAGUGCUGACACCUUCCGACAUUCGUCGACAACGUCAAAUGCUACAGUCAAAAUAUCUCGCCUUCCCGUGUUGUCAGGGUCCAUCAAGUUUUCCUAUGGGAGACCAGAUGGAAACCUGAAACUGGAAGGGAUCAAAGUCUACCCCCCAGACUCAGCCAUUUUCCUUCACCAAAAGAUGCUGGACGAGUUCACAGAGGCCUACGCAGUGGACAUGCUGGCCUUCCUGGGCCAGACACUCAAGUCCGACGUGAAAAAAUCCCUCGAAGACAUUCUAGCCACCAGCACGUCAGUUUUAUUUGGGAAAAAUGCCCCGUCUUUAGUGCCAAAUUCUGCCAAUGAUGAGAAACCCUCGUCGGCCAUGUUCGCCCCUUUGACCUCGGCAGAAGACGAUGAUGAUCGACAAGAAGAAGAAGAACGUGACAGAAGCAGCCAAAGACGAGGUCAUGGAGACCAUUCGCAUAAUAACCAGGAUUGUCCCUGUAACAAAAUCAAGGGACAACAGGUUGGAAUAGUGCACAGCAGAAGAAAGUUUGCAGGGAAAGCCAUGGGAUUUUUCCCUGACCAUGGAAAAAUGUGAUCUCUUUGUUGAGAAUACGUACGUUGUUGAUUUUUUGUUUGUCUGGUUUCCAGUGAUAAUUUAUUUGCCCUUUAUUUAUUCACCCUCUUUUAUUGGGAGUCUUUCUGAGUCCACGGCGGUGAAGUAUCAUUGGUGGGGCUCAUCAAAAGUUCAGCAGAUUAACAAAAGAAUUUUCGGUGUAGUCAGAUGAAACGUGGUGGAAAUAUUCAUUAACCUUUUUUUUUAAAUAAAAAUGGACUCUUAAUGUAAGAAGGAACCUAGUUUAAAUACUGCACAAGUGUACAUCAUCCAAUUUCAAUUCAACCCACUGAAGUAUGAUCUUGCUACAAUAAGGAAUUGGUUACAAGAAAUUAUUUUUCCCUUGCCC